AUGCCGGAGAUGGGUGUGAAUGAGCCGUUUGACUUGAUCCGAUUGUCCCUGAGUGAACGUGUUCUUGUAAAGCUACGUGGUGAUAGGGAGAUCCGCGGUAUAUUGCACGCCUACGAUGGGCACAUGAACUUGAUCAUGGGUGACGUUGAGGAGACCAUCUACGAUGUUCAAGUCGCUGAAGAUACUGGGGCAGAAUCAGUUGUGAUUGUCAAGCGCAAUUCGAAAAUGAUGUUCGUCCGAGGUGAUGGUGUGAUUCUGGUCCGUAUACGUUGA